GAAAACCACGUGAUUACAAACGAACAUGGCCUCAUCGCCUAGUUCGCUCUGUGCCAGGGUGUAGAGAGAAAAAUAUACAUGUAAUAUUAAUUUCACCCCUCAAUUCUCCACUUGUCAUAAUUACCAAAAUCGAAAAUGCAAAAGAUAAAGUCUUUGAUGACCCGACAGGGUCUGAAGAGUCCCCAGGAGAGCAUGACGGACCUCAGCCCCGUGGAGAGUGCUAGGAUCCCCAGCAAGGAGGAGCUGAGGGAGAUGAGGGAGCAGCCCGCGGACCCCCAAGAGGAGCAGGACAUCAUUAACAGCAUCGAGGAAAUCUACUUCUCUGGUGACUCAUUCGACAUGGUGCAGCACGAACUGGAGAAACUUCCACCUGAGCUCGACCUUCAAGAACUAGAAGAAUACAGAGAUAAACUGAAAAAGCAACAAGCAGCAGUCUCUAAAAAGGUAGCUGACCUCAUCCUGGAAAAGCAGCCCUCCUACGUGAAGGAGCUGGAAAGGGUGACCUCCCUGCAGACCAACCUCCAGUUGGCUGCCGUGAUCUGCACCAAUGCAAGGAGACAGCUGAGUUUUGCCAAGGAAGGUUUCACAGAGGCCAGUCUGGGGCUGCUGGCCAAUCAGAGGAGGCGGCAGCUACUUACAGGACUGUUGAAGUCACUGAGGACCAUAAAGACCCUGCAAAGAACAGACGUGAGGCUGAGUGAGAUGUUGGAGGAGGAAGACUACCCAGGUGCCAUCCAGCUGUGCCUGGAGUGCCAGAAAGCAGCCAGCACCUUUAAACACUACAGCUGCAUCAGUGAACUGAACUCCAAGCUUCAGGACACCCUGGAGCAGAUAGAGGAGCAGCUGGAUGUCGCCCUGUCAAAGACCUGCAAGCACUUUGAUGUCACUCACUACAACAAAGUUCAGCUGGCGUACGCUCUCCUAGGGAAGACGCAACACAUAACCACCGAUAGCUACAUCCCAUGUCUGACGGAUCUCUGCAAGGCAUUGUGGGAGGUUAUGCUGAGCUACCACCGGACUAUGCAGUGGCACGAGGAGCAUGACAAAGAAGAAGUUAAGCCUGCGACAGACGGCAGCAGCACGUCGGGGUCAGAUGAGCCCAUCUUCGACCGCAGCUAUGUGAAGAAGAAGUUGCAGCAUGGGCUGACGCGGAUAUGGCAGGAUGUCCAGCUGAAGGUGAAGGCCUACCUACUGGGAACCGACAUGUCCAGCUUCAAAUACGACGACUUCAUCUUCGUGCUGGAUAUCAUCAGCAGGUUAAUGCAGGUGGGAGAGGAGUUCUGUGGAAGCCGCUCCGAGGUCCUUCAGGAGUCCAUCAAGAAGCAGAGCGUCAACUACUUCAAGAACUACCACAGGACCAGGCUGGAGGAGCUGAGGAUGUUCCUGGAGAACGAGACGUGGGAGCUGUGUCCGGUCAAAUCUAACUUCAGCAUCGCUCAGCUUCAUGAGUUCAAAUUCAUGGGCCAGUCACGCUCGCCGUCAGUGUCACCCAGCAAACAAGCGACAAGCCUGGUCCAGGCUGACACCACCCUCUUUGAGCAGUACCUCCAGGGCGGGAACCCCUUCGAGAUGCAGAUCGACAGCAAGGAGGACGAGACGGACGACGUGCUCGGCUCCAACGGGUAUGAGUCCGACGAGCUGGAGAAGAGCGUCUAUCAGGACUACGACAGCGACAGCGACGUGCCAGAGGAGCUGAAGAGAGACUACGUAGACGAGCAGACGGGCGACAUCCCCGUGAAAAGCGUGUCUCGGGACACUUUGAGAAGCAGGAAGAAGUCCGACUACAGCCUGAAUAAACUGAAUGCGCCCAUCCUGACCAAUACCACCCUGAACGUGAUCAGACUCGUCGGGAAGUACAUGCAGAUGAUGAACAUCCUCCGGCCCAUCGCCUUCGACGUCAUCCACUGCAUGUCCCAGCUCUUUGACUAUUACUUGUAUGCCGUUUACACCUUCUUUGGGCGGAAUGACAUGUACGAGUCAUCGGGACUGGGCCUCAUCAGCAGCCGACUGCGGACGACACUCAACAGGAUCCAGGAGAGUCUCAUUGACAUGGAGGCCGCCGCGGAGACGGGGAGCAGCCACGGGGCCUCUGAGGAGCGCAAGGAGAAGGUGCCCAGUCCACACCUGAGCCAGCUGGUGGUGCUGACGGACGGCGGCACGCUGUACGGCCUCGCAGAGCGCGUGGUGGCCACAGAGUCCCUGGUGUUUCUGGCUGAGCAGUUCGACUUCCUGCAGUCUCACCUCGACACGGUGAUUCCUGCGGCAAAGAAGCCCUUCCUGCAGCAGUUCUACUCGCAGACGGUGUCUACGGCCAGCGAGCUCCGCAAGCCCAUCUACUGGAUUGUAGCCGCCAAGGCGAUCGAAUACGAGCAGAUGUUGUUCCUCAUGGCUGGCGUCAAGUGGGACAUCAAGGAGAUCAUGUCCCAGCACAACGUCUAUGUGGACGUCCUUCUUAAGGAGUUCGAGCAGUUCCAUAAGCGACUGGGGGAUGUCUCCAGGCUGGUGAGGAUCCCCCUGCCCGUGUCCAACGUGCUGUGGGAGCAGUGCAUCCGGCUGGCCAACAGGACCCUGGUGGAGGGCUACGCCAAUGUGAAGAAGUGCAGUAAUGAAGGGCGGGCGUUGAUGCAGCUCGACUUCCAGCAGUUCCUCAUGAAGCUGGAGAAGCUGACCGACAUCCGGCCCAUUCCCGACAAGGAGUUCGUGGAGACUUACAUCAAGGCCUACUAUCUGACGGAGAACGACAUGGAGCAGUUCAUCAAGAACCACAGGGAGUACUCCAUGAAGCAGCUGACCAACUUGGUGAACGUCUGCUUGGGGUCUCACAUCAACAAGAAGGCCAGACAGAAGCUGCUGGCGGCCAUCGACGACAUCGACAGGCCCAAAAGAUAGCCUGGACAUGGGCCCCUGGACCCCGUCCACCGUGCAUGCUGUAUGUUUCGAGACUUUAGGGCCUCUGCUUUCCAUCUACACCUCGUGGGAACCGCCAGCUGUCCAUUAAGACUGUAAUAUAUUCAACACUGUUUUAGCGUUGAGAGACGUUGGGUGGAGAUAGGAUCUUGUGGGUUUUUUUUUUUUAAAGUUUCCCUUCUUCUGCCUUGUCUGCUUGUUUUUAUGCAGGCAAAUCUGCCUCAGCUCCUGUAUAGCUAAUUGGAGUUUGUGUACAAAUUGAGUAUAGACACACUCAUCAACCGCAGCACUGCCCUCUGUCGACUGUAGCUGACAGUGGCUAUAUAUAACUGUGUUUUAUUUGUGGUCAGUUUUCUUGUUAAUUAGGUAAUCAUACUGACAGGCCCUGGAUGCUAACCACGCUUUAAUUUUGAUCAAGAAUAACAUAACAGGUGCAUUUAGUGGUCUAGUUAUUAAUUUCUGCAGCUGUGUCUUUGGCUUUGUGAUAUCAGAGGGGCGUGUGACAUGCUCUGUACCCCAGCUGCUCAUGUCACUCUCCUGCGAUACUGUACCCUCGUCACCUGUAAUAUUGAAAAUGACAUGGGAAUCAUCUGUACAAUGUGAAGAGAAAAACAGUGUCCGUGGGCUGCCUGAGAGACCUGGGCAAACAUAAGAGAAUGAAAUAAAAAACACACUAGCAGGUUUUCUCCGCA